AUGACAGAAGUUUUACCUGUUGAAGAUGGUAUACAAAAUCGUGUGGAAACUAUAUUGAGCGGCUUUCAAAUAAAUUGGAUGAACCUUCGCGAUGCAGAUACAGGGAAGAUACUAUGGCAACAUAAUGAUGAUAUGUCGAAUCCCGAUGUGGAGCACGAAGCACGAGUGCCGAAGCGUAUAUUAAAAUGUCGGGUGGUCUCACGCGAAAUGAACUUUAGCUCCGUGGAGUCUAUGGAACGGUUUCGUCUUGAACAGAAAGUCCUUUUUAAAGGACGCUGCCUUGAGGAAUGGUUCUUUGAGUUUGGAUAUGUUAUAUCUAACUCCACCAACACUUGGCAAUCUAUCAUAGAGUCCGCGCCAGAGUCACAGAUGAUGCCUGCUAAUGUGUUAAACGGUAACAUCGUCAUCGAGACUAAGUUCUUCGAUGGAGAUCUGCUCAUCACAACCUCGAAAGUGAGACUGUUCUAUGUGUAA